AUGCGAGUUGAGGCAUGUGAGCAGGGAGGUCGCCAGUCUCAUAAUGUUACGACUUUUAGGGUUGAUAUUGCAGAAUUGAGGCGUGAUGUGGAUGAUCUCAAAUCCAUAUAUUUUUCUAUAUUGUUCGACACUGUGGACCUUCCUGAGGUUUCGAGUUUAGAGAUGCCAGCUAUUUCUGAGAUCCCUCCGGCUCCUGUGACUGGAGAUGCUACUUUAGAUAAUAAGGGUGAUGAGUCGGACACUCCUGAUACAUAUGAGGAGGAGUUGGGUAACCGUGAGGUGGUUGUAUAUGAUGAUCUUGAGGAUUUAGAGGGUGCAAUGGUGCAG